ACCCCAGUACAUUGUAACAUAUUUGCUGAUAAGAUUUUUACUUAUAUUUAUAUGUUUCAUUCUCAAAUUCAAUACAUUUCCUUGGGUUUUUUUUUUUACAACACACAGAUAAAAAACUGGAAAUAAGAUGACAAUCUUAUAUAGUUGUGUUGCACGUGGUACAACCAUUCUCUGCAGCCAAUCAAAUGCUCAAGGAUCAUUUGAGAAUGAAGUUGUGUCCAUGUUACCCAAUAUUCCUACAAGGAAUGAUGGAAAGACAACAUACAAAUCUAGCAGUUAUUUGUAUCACUGUGUGGUAGACAAUGGUAUUAUUUAUUUAUGUGCAGCUAAACCAGAGUUUGGAAAACAACAGUCUUAUAAUUUCUUAGCUGAGAUCAAAAGAAAGUUCCAAGGUGGGACUAUUGCUAUGAGAGCAGUCAGUGCUGAAAGUCAUGACUUAGAUAGUGAAUUCAGCAUGGAACUAGCACAAGAAAUGGAGAGGUAUUCCAAAUCAGACAAUGUUGCCAAAUUGAGAUCCCAAGUUGAUGAAGUUAAAGAUGUGAUGACACAGAAUAUUGAAAGAGUUCUAGAUAGAGGAGAAAAGUUGGAUGAUUUAGUUGAUAAAACAGAAGAUUUAGAAGCUAGUGCUGCCACAUUCCAAAAAACUGCCAGAAGAAUCAAAAGAAAGUAUUGGUGGAAGAAUACCAAGAUGAUGUUAAUACUUGUCCUUGUAGGCGUAGUAAUUGUUAUAAUUAUAGCAAUAUUGAUAGCCUAUGGUGCUGGAGCAUUUUCACACAAAGACACACCACCCAAAAACAAUGCUGUUACAUCCACAACACAAAGUUCUGGAUAAAAUCUUCCUGUUAUUCAUUUCUCAAGUGCAAUUUGAAUUUGUUGAUUUGUUGUUUCCUGUUACUGAAAAGUUAAUAUAACAGUGUACAUGGUAAUAUGUAAAUCUUUAAAAUUCUCAUAAUCAUUAGUCAAUGUUUUAGAUAUUGAAAACUAAGGGUUAAAUCAUGGGAUAGAAAGAAAAGUGUAGUGACAAAUAAUUUAGUAUUGUUGAUGGUUGGAGAAAUUUUGAUAAAAAAAACCAUGAGUUCAUAAAAAAAAACAAUAUAUACACCAGAUUUUUUUAAUAAAUACUCUAUUUUGAACAAUUUAUUUUUGUAAAAUAUAAAACCCCAUAAAAAGGAUUAUUGAAGUGAUAUUACAUAAAUAUCUGGAUAUCAUGGCUUCCUGUAGAUGAUAAGCCCUAGAUUUCCCUUAGUUACAUUCCAUUCCUUGGUUAUUGAAUUGACCGUGGGGUUAAUAAAUGUAGUUUUUUUUCUAUUAUUUGACAACUUUUGUGAAUGCCAUACACAUUCUCUGUACCCCAACAUAAAAUCUGAGCCUCAGAGAACCAUAAUUGUUUUUUUUUUUUACUUUUAUAUUACUUGUCAUCUUGCCACUAUUUGAAACCUUCACUUGCUUCAUCUACCUACAAUACUCAUCCCACAUUAACUGAUAAAAAAGGAUUUUUCUUUUGGUUAAACAUGAUUUCUUCAAUUUAUGAACAUAUCAAAAUUGUUAAACAGUAAACUUAAUUUUAGGGUAACAUAUUUAAACUUACUAAAGUUCUGAUAAUGCUCAGAUAAUUGAAAAACUUAGAUUUUGAUCUUGUUGCAUUGUCAUGUCAAUUUUCAAUAUGAAUAAAAAUAGAUGUGUAUUUUGGUAAAUAGAGCAUGGGGGUACAUAGUAUUAGUGUAUAUUGAGCAUUGGAAUAUAUAGAGCAUUGGCAUAUUUAGAACAAAUGGGUAUGCAGAGUGUCAGGGUAAACAGAGCAUUGGAAUAUAUAGAAUAUUUUGUAAGUUAUAUCCCCUUAUUUCUGUUACUAGGGUAAAAUAGCUGUGUUCCUCUAUUUGUGUUGCUAGGGUAAAUUACCAGUGUUCCUCAAUUCACCUGCUUGUAAGAAAAUAUACCCGUGUUUCUCAAUUCAUUUGUUUGUAUGAAUAUAAAAAUAAGAAGAUGCGGUAUGAUUGCCAGUGAGACAACUCUCCACAAGAGACCAAAUGACACAGAAAUUAACAACUCUAGAUCACCGUAAGGCCUUCAACAAUGAGCAAAGAGCUUACAUUAAUAACUAAUAGUAACCAAUCAGGGUAAUGAUUCUAAUCAAAACUUUAAUCACAUGACUUCUGUACAUACAUAUUUCUGUUUAUUAUUUAAGUUUUUCAUGGAUUUUUGUUAAUGUUACUUUUGAUAGAGGUAAUCACUACACAAUACUGUUAAAUAAGUAGAAUAGGUUGCAGCAAUUUAUAUACCUACUUUUUAUCUGCCAUUUUAUGAACAUUUAUUUAUGAUAUUUUUACCCAAUAAAUGAUGAAACUAU